CAGAGCGGGGUUAUAAUUAGCCGCAGCAGCCCCGCACCCCCACCGCCCUCCGCGGGCGGGAACACGGCACAACGCGGUGCCGCGGCCCCCUCCCCCUCCGCCCGGGCUAGGAGGAAGCGAUAACUCUGGAGCUCGGCCCGGCGGAGGGAGGCGGGCCCGGCCGCGGCCGGCCGCGUUCCGCCAGCAGCCACGCAGCGCUCACCUUCCUCCCUCCGCCCUCCCCUUUCCUCUCACGCGCGGCGACAAAGGCACAAAAUGGGAAAGAAACAAAAUGGCAAAGGUAAAAAAGUUGAAGAGGCAGAGCCUGAAGAAUUUGUUGUGGAGAAAGUCCUGGACAGACGUGUUGUGAAUGGAAAGGUGGAAUACUACUUGAAGUGGAAAGGAUUUACAGAUGCUGACAACACGUGGGAACCUGAAGAAAACUUAGAUUGUCCAGAGCUAAUUGAAGCUUUUCUGAACUCUCAGAAAGCUGGUAAAGAAAAAACAGAUGGUGCGAAAAGAAAAUCACUGUCAGAUAGCGAAUCUGAUGAUAGUAAAUCAAAGAAAAAACGUGAUUCUGUUGAUAAACCGAGAGGGUUUGCAAGGGGUCUUGAUCCUGAGAGGAUAAUCGGGGCUACGGAUAGCAGCGGAGAGCUUAUGUUCCUCAUGAAAUGGAAAGACUCUGACGAGGCAGAUCUGGUGCUGGCCAAAGAAGCUAACGUGAAGUGUCCUCAGAUCGUAAUUGCUUUUUAUGAAGAACGACUAACUUGGCAUUCAUGUCCAGAAGAUGAAGCACAAUAAUUGUUUGCAUUGCUUUUUUUUAUAUAUAUGAAUAUUAAAACCUGAAAUUUGAUUUAUUAGCAAUGUGAGAAGCGUACAUUCUAACAAAAUUCAAAUUUGAUAUUUUUUUGAAGUAGUGUGUUUUGCAUCAACAGCAAGUAAAUAAAAGCUUUCUGCAACUUGUUUCAUUUACCACAGGAGAGCAUUUGAUACUACUACUUCCUCCAUAUUAGGUAAAAGCUUUUAUAAAACAUUCAUAAACUUCCAUGGUUAUUAUUGAAUCUUAAUGAAUGUCUAAACAAACUCACAGAUGUUUUGUAGUCUUCUAUACUAUUGAUGUGCAUGUAUCUUCUUUACCCAAACCUAGCCCUUUACACCUGUAGAUUCAUUCUUUUUAGUAUUUGGGAUCACGUGAUCCCAAGAAGACCGGGUGAAAAUUAACUUUGUAGUAAUUUGAAUGUUAUCAGACUGUAUAUUGUUUACUUUAUUGUAAAUACUGGUGAACAGUGGUCAAUAAAAUAGUUUUAUAUUCUUCCUUUAUAAUGAUAGGCUGUGACUCUUUUGAAGCAGUAUGAUAUUUCUGAACUUUUUAUAUGUUAAGCUCUCAGUUCAUGAUGUAUUUAACUGUAAGUUGUUCUUUUGGGGAUAGAUUGAUUAAUAUGACCCCACUGCCACUCUGUAAUCACAAUACCAGACAAAUGCCAGGCUUUGAUUCUCUUUAAUUUUUUGGUGAAGUAUAAUAUAUUUUUUUUUCCAGUCAGGAAGGGCCAGCUUUAUUGGGCUGUGAAAUUCAUGUGCUCUGGGUACUUGUUGAAGUCACACAGAUAGCAGCCAUACUGCCUGGGUAUGGCUGCUGGUCACAGUGCCAAGUGGUCUCUGCAGAUGUAUUGGAAAAUACCUGGUGUGUUGACAGUGUCAGACUUUGCUUUAAUUUCGGGUCUUAAUAUGGGGCUAUACUGUAACAAGAGAUGGGAUGGCUCACUCUUUGGGCAGUGGCCGGAAAAAUACUUGCAUAGUUCUCUGCCUUUAAAGUGUAAUAUUUUAAUCAAGAUUCUAAGUUGUAUACUUUUUAAUCAAAAGACUUAGUUUCUGAUUGAAUUCUAAAAUGGGUCUUAUCUGCUGCUGGGAGAAUGCCCUCAGGUUGGCAAAAGUGAGGGGCAGGGAAAUUGGAAGGAAGGAAUGUUGCCUUUUUCCAUUCUUCCUACAGUUGUUAUUCCUUUCAUCCCUUGCUUUUGUCUACAUGAAUUCUUGUAUUUGGGUUGUGACUGCCAUGGCUGUUUCUUGGCCUUAAGCUUUGCCUCUUCACAGGUCGAUGGCCAGCUAUGUUUUAGAACUCCUCUUAAAUUUAGAGUUUUUACUAGAAUAAUCAUGUCAUAUGCUACUGUCACAGUCCUACGUGAGAUGGUUACAAUUCCUUAAGAAGGAGUAUUCCUGGAAACCUUUGUACAGUAUCCUGAGGAGCAAAUAAAGGAACUUUUAAUCUACACUUGAUGUUCUUUUUGAUAGAGAUUAAUGAAUCAUAAUCAUGACUAAAACCAUUUGUUCUCAUGUAGUUUCAAAAGCUGUUUACCUCGUGAAUGGAGAAGUCAUUGUAAAACAUUUAAUUGGGAUGGUUAAAGUAAUGCUAAUUUACCUUUUUAAGUGUAACUGCUUUGUCUUCUCAAUAUUUUUUCUUAGCAGAUUUGGGCACAAUUCAGUAACUGUGGCUGUAGGGGGAAAAAUGAUGGUAGUGUGGGGUUCCCUUGCUCCAGUUAAUGGUGGGUUCAGAGCUUAGCUUGCUUCUCUUGCCUGCCCCUUUGACGAAUUUCCCUGAAUUAGUUGUACGUGCAAGUCUGCAGAGUUCAUGGCUUAAUUCUUUGGGGCCUCUAAUCGGAAUAUUAAUACACCUGGUGUGUAGAAGACCCAAAUAUUGCUUUUUUACCCAGCUGCCUGAGAAAUACGCAGGCUAACCAAGAAUUCUAAAGCAGCAUGCAUUUUCCUGUCUUUUUCCUUCAGUAUGAAGUACUUUUUAAUUCAGAGUCUUAAAAUAUUUCACAGUUUGUUUUUUACUGUCUGAAACUUUGCAGUUUCUUUGCUAUUUCAAGCGUGGAUAUUGAGUUUAUAUAACAUUGCUGAUCUGAGUCAAUAUAGAUUGAAGAGUCGGUUAUCGUAAGUGGUAGACGUGUAAAGAUUUAUGUUGAAAGGUUGAUUCCCAGCAGUUUGUAACCUUCAAAAUGUUAUUUUGCAGCUCGGUACGGCUUUUACAAAUAUUUGCUUCUUCCUUCUGACAAUCUGUAAAAAAUGCACUGUACUCACGUUUAAACUACUAUACAGUUUGUUACAGUUACAUAGAUUUCUGUUUUUUUAUGUUACGAUGGUAGAAAUGCUGACUGGUAUUUGUUUCCUUUUUUCCCCCCUCCCCCCCUUGAUUUGUGUCAAAUUGCAUUUUGACAAUAACGACGUGCAACACUUUGAAGUUACAAGCUGUGUAAAGUUAUGCUGAAUGUGCUUGGUACAUAUGCAAAAAGACGUUAUCAAAUGUUAGUAACUUUAACUGAUCAAAUAAAUGAAUUAUCUUCUGUA